AUGCCGCCUUCUCUGCCGAUGCCACGGAUCAUGUACGGGACGGCCUGGAAGAAGGAUUAUACUUCGGAGCUCGUGAUACAAGCUGUCAAAGCGGGAUUUCGUGGGAUAGAUACCGCGGCGCAACCGAAGCACUACAGGGAGGAUCUCGUCGGAAAGGCGAUACAGACACUGUUAUCAGAAGGCACCGUAAAGAGGGAAGAGCUAUUCAUCCAAACCAAAUUUUCCAGCCUUGAUGGUCAAGACCUCACAAAGCCAAUUCCUUACGAUCCAAAAGUGCCUCUCGUCGAGCAAGUCAAGCAGUCCGUCCAGUCGUCUCUAAAGAACUUGGGCAUCGACUAUAUCGACUCGGUCAUCCUUCAUUCUCCUCUACGCACCAUAGAUGAUACUCUCAAAGCAUACACCGUCCUCGAAUCAUUCGUCGAAACCGGCCAAAUCCGACAACUCGGCAUCUCCAACAUCUACGACGCCGAACAGCUCGAACAUCUUAUCAGACAAGUGGAUGUGGCUGUGAGCGUGGUGCAGAAUAGGUGGUAUGAGGGGAAUGCGUGGGAUUGGGAGGUUUAUGAUGUUUGUCAGAAGUAUGGAGUGCGGUAUCAAUCUUUCUGGACUUUGACGGGGUCGCCAACGUUGUUGGGGGAUCCGUAUGUGUCGGGUAUGGCGAGAAAGUAUGGGGUUACGACCUCGCAACUGAUGUUUAAGCUCUGUCAACUCUGGAAUAUCACCCCUUUAUCUGGAACGACUUCCCCCGACCACGCACGAGAGGCCAUAGCUGCCGAGGAGGCGAAGAUUGAGAAAGAUGCGGAGGAUGUGGUCAAGCUGUGGGAUGCUUUGCAUGGAAUUUCGCGGUAG